AUGGAUAAUCAGCAUCAACCCAGAUGCAGACCAUUGAGUUGUAAUGCAUUAAAAUGCGUGCUCAAGUCGAUGAGUGUUGAGAAGAGACAAGAAAUCCACACCAAUCUGCCAAGCCUCCAUGCCGUCAAUUCCGUUCUUCCAUAUACCAUCACUACAGUGGGAAUUGUGCCGAAUGCAUUAACAAUAAACCGGAAAACAUGGACUUUUCGCAAAAAGCAAGUACUGUGGUAUGAUUUUGAUGAUUCAAAUCAGACGACUAUCUCGAUUGUCGAUCUUGAUUCUCACAAAAGUUCUCCAGAUUUUUAUGUGAACAAAUCUCCUGAUGAGGCAUUUGAGAAAUGUUUCAAUGUUUACGUCAAAAAUAAUUCCAAUAUCCGAAACUUUGAGAUUUGGGGUCUUCCGGAAUUCUUGUGCGAAAGAGAUGGAUCCGACGGUUUCAAACUGAACAUCUCGAGAUUUGAAAACGACUGUUGUGAAUGUCGACGUGUUUGA